AGGACGUCGCUGUGCCACGUGACCAGAUGUGGAGUAAAGUAGGAGGCUGAAACUUCGUGGGCAAGCCGCCGAGCUGUGGAGACGCUGAAUGAAAGGAACAUGCCACCCUCACCACCGGACUCGUUGGGCUACAAACCUCUGGAUGGCGGUUGGGGCUGGAUGGUUGUGUUCGGGGCUCACAUUUCCAUCGGGUUCGCCUACUCCACGCCAAAAGUCCUGUCCAUUUUCUUCACAGCAAUCCAAGAGGAUUUAGGGGCCAGCUACAGUGAAAUAGCAUGGAUUUCCUCCAUCAUGCUGGCAGUCAUGUAUGCAGGCGGACCUGCGAGCAGUAUGUUGGUCAAUCGCUUUGGAAGCCGACCAAUGGUGAUGCUGGGUGGACUGAUGUGUGGGGUCUCUAUGGUAACGGCUUCCUUUGGGAACUCCCUCGUUUACAUCUACUUUUUCAUCGGCGUCAUUGGAGGUUGUGGACUUUCCUUGAAUCUGAAUGCAUCCCUCACCAUCAUCAGCAAAUAUUUCCUGGCCAGACGUCCUCUAGCCAACGGACUGGCCAUGGCCGGGAGUCCGGUGUUUCUUUGUUUAGUGGCUCCUCUAAACCAAUAUUUACUGGAUAGGUUUGGCUGGAGAGGAAGUCUGCUCAUCCUCGGGGCUCUGAUGCUCAAUUGUUGCGUCGCCGGGGCCCUGAUGAGACCAGUUCUUCUGCCCUGUAAGCCAAACUCUUCUGCAUCACACAAGAUGGUGGAAGGAGAGCCGAACAAGUGCAGCACUAAGGUAAAAGGAGGCUGCAUGAAGGAGGCUAAGAACUUCUUGAAUGUGUCUUUAUUCAAGGAUCGAGGUUUCGUCUUUUACCUCAUAGGAAACAUGAUGUUCAUCUUCGGAGCCUAUGCGCCCAUCAUGUUCCUGCCAGCCUAUGCCAUCAGCCAGGGUGUAGACGAAUACUCUGCGGCCUAUCUGCUCUCUAUAAUGGGCUUUGUGGACAUGUUUGUUCGUCCUGGCACCGGCCUGUUGGCCAACAGCAAGUGGAUCAGGCCCAGAAUCCAGUACUUCUUCAGUUUUGCCAUGGUUUUCAAUGGUACGUGCCACUUACUGUGCCCGCUGCUGAAGUCCCAUGCCUUCCUGAUAGGAUACACAGUGUUUUUCGGCAUUGGUUUUGGCAUGGUCUUCGCCCUCAUAUUUGAAUGCCUGAUGGACCUGAUGGGAAGUCAGUGCUUCCCCAGUGCUGUUGGAAUGGUCACCAUCAUCGAGUGCUUCCCCAUGCUACUGGGACCACCUACUGCAGGUUUAUUGUUGGACAUCUCCAGCGACUACAAGUACCUUUUCUUCAUGUGCGGCUCGGUGAUCACGGCCGGCGGACUCUUUCUCUUCGUGACAAACAUCUACAACUACCACAUGCUAGAUAAAGAGAAGACGGAAAAGGACAGGGAGCAGAAGGAAAAACCCUCAGAGAACCAGGAGCAGGUGAGCCUCUCAGUGGUACAGAUAUAACGUACGCCUGAGGCAGUGACGGAAGGAACUGAGCCCGUGGCUGAAGAGGUGAAUCCACCGAAACACAACUACUGUUCCCUGUAGUCUGUUUACAUUUUUGUGUUACUCUGCACUAUGUCACAUAUUUGUUACUCUGAUUGGAUGUAGGUCUGAUCCGCCACCAGUGAUAACACCCCCUGAAAAUCGAGGCGAACUGGUCUGGCAAUGCCCAGCUAGUGUAGUCAUUGACAUUGACGUAACAUUUCUUGCUGGUCUGGUUUCUCUAGGCGUGUCAUUGGCCUCUGGCAUCCUUACAAAAACGACCUUCCAUUGCAUUCCAAACACAGACCUUUUAGGCAACUCUUCACACUUCAUCAUUUGUUUUUACUUCAAAUUGAAUUCACUCACCAGUAUUAAAUAAAUAAGGUGCAAGUUCUGCAGGAAGCUCCCAUCACUUUCAGUGGAGUCUAAAUGUAGAUACUUUUAACAUGAAUCAUGGAAACUUUUUAGGAAGUCUACCUUAAACUGAAAGAAUGAAUUAUAGACAUUUUUGAAGGAUUCUGUUUCUUAAAAUGAUUUUAGUCAUGCAACCUUUUAUGUUCUUUUCUUUUUUUUUUUUAAAGAGAAUCAUCCUUUCAUACCUCAUUCAGCUGUAUGAAAAAGCAGAUGUGAUAUUUGAUAGUUAUGUACAGCUAACAACAGUUUGGGUGAUUGUGGCACUUUUAGCAGCAAAUACGACCAAAUUACAAUAGUUAUUUAGCAAACAAUUAACAACAAAAGGCAAGAUGAUGUCACUGGUUAAUACUAAUGACCAAAUAUAAAGAUGGAGGGCAGGUCUCCAUUUCCUCCCACUGUUCAAAACUGAAGCCAAGCUAACACGGAUAAUAAUUAAUGAUUAAUGAUGCAAACAUCACAGUGGCAAGAAAUACCUAAACUGACAGAAACCAUGUCCGAGAGAAAUUUUACAUGUUUUUGUAUUUCAUGACGUCCAUCUUUGUAUACAGCCAUUGGUUUAUAUAAAAAAAAUUGCUUCUAGUAUUGCUGAUCUAACAUUAACCACACCAUUUACAUUUAGAAUCUACCUCCAUGUCCACAUGCUGGUGAGAGAUGAUGAGAACAGCUGACUGUAGACAUUUUUUCUUGGGGAGGGCUUGACAGUGAGAAGGUGCUUUAUGUAAAAAGUACUGUCUCGGCUCAGUUUACCAUCCACCUACUGUUGUCCAUUUGUUUGUUUGCACCCUAGAGGUCAUUUUAAGGAAUAGCCGUGUGUGUGAUGACACACUGCCUCUUUCUUACCACUGCUCUUUAUUGCUACCACUGGAUUGCGUAUGUGCUGUAUUCCCUUGGCUUCACUGUAUUACAUUGAAUGACUGUGGCUAAUAAAGGCAGCUAGCCUCAAUAUGUGAGGGUAAAUCUGAGUGAAUGAAAUGCAGGAAUUGUUAAUUUUGUUCUGUCACAUGGUCAUGAGCGCACGUCUGCUUUUGUUUUCUGUUGUUCCUCACCGUUUAUAUCAGAAUAAUCUAAUCCCUCUAUAAAAAAUAUUAAAAUGCCCAUAUUAUGUUCAUCAUGCUUUUCCUUUUAGUUGGUCAAACAGCUUUUAUCUGAAUAUAAAAGUUCUGCUCCCACAGUAAAUGCCGCACACGAACAUCCUGAAAUGCCUGGUUUGCAUUUCUGACUUUUUUUUUUCUCCAUAAAGCAUCUGCGUCAUCAUAAGAUUUCCACCUCCAUGCAGUUUUUACUCUGAUGUAGAUGUUACAAAGUUCUAAUGUUACAUAUGAAAUAUAAGGGCUACAAAAUACAAACUGUUAAAUGUCCCCCUCAAGUUUCGUUUGGUCUAUCAGCUGGUUCACGAGAACCAACACUGUUUCCAACAUUGCUACCAUGGCUACAGUAUUGAGCUUUUUGGGAGGCAGGCCCAGAACUAAAAUCUGUCUUAGACUUUGAAGUGUGUACUUUAUAAAAUCAGCAAUACAUUUUGUUCAUGAAAUACUUUACCUGCCAUUAAAGUUUUUUCCUUC